GGACGGACGAGCCCGAUGCCGGGGGAGACAGAAGAGCCGCCGAGACCCCCGGGGCAGCAGGACCAGGAAGGGGGAGAGGCUGCGGCGGCUAAGGCGGCUCCCGAGGAGCCACAGCAACGGCCUCCUGAGGCGGCGGCGGCGGCGCCUGCGGGGACCACUAGCAGCCGCGUGCUGAGGGGAGGUCGGGACCGGGGACGAGCCGCUGCGGCCGCCGCCGCCGCUGUGUCCCGCCGGAGGAAGGCCGAGUACCCCCGCAGGCGGAGGAGCAGCCCCAGCGCCAGGCCUCUCGACGCCUCAGGGCCGCAGUCCCAGGCCUCGAAGCCCCCAUCUCCAGCUCAGGGCAAGAAGAGUCCUCGACUCUUAUGCGUAGAAAAAGUAACUGAUAAAGAUCCCAAGGAAGAGAAAGAGGAAGAAAACAAUUCUGCCCCUGCUCAGGAAGUUUCCGUUGCUGCAACUAGACCUAGCCGGGGCUGGCGCAGUAGUAGCAGGACAUCUGUCUCUCGCCAUCGUGACUCAGAGAACACCCGAAGCUCUCGAUCCAAGACUGGUUCAUUGCAACUCAUCUGCAAAUCAGAACCAAAUACAGAUCAGCUUGAUUAUGAUGUUGCAGAAGAGCAUCAAUCUCCAGGUGGCAUUAGUGAUGAAGAAGAAGAGGAGGAAGAGAUGUUGAUCAGUGAAGAAGAAAUACCAUUCAAAGAUGACCCAAGAGAUGAGACCUACAAACCCCACUUAGAAAGGGAAACCCCAAAGCCACGAAGAAAAUCGGGGAAGGUGAAAGAAGAAAAAGAGAAGAAGGAAAUUAAAGUGGAAGUAGAGGUAGAGGUGAAAGAAGAAGAGAAUGAUAUUAGGGAAGAUGAAGAACCUCCUAGGAAGAGAGGAAGAAGGCGGAAAGAUGACAAAAGCCCACGAUUACCCAAAAGGAGAAAAAAACCUCCAAUUCAGUAUGUCCGUUGUGAGAUGGAAGGAUGUGGAACUGUUCUUGCUCACCCUCGCUAUCUGCAGCACCACAUUAAAUACCAGCAUUUGCUGAAGAAGAAAUAUGUAUGUCCCCAUCCCUCUUGUGGACGACUCUUCAGGCUCCAGAAGCAACUUCUUCGACAUGCCAAACAUCAUACAGAUCAAAGGGACUAUAUCUGUGAAUAUUGUGCUCGGGCCUUCAAGAGUUCCCACAAUCUGGCAGUGCACCGGAUGAUUCAUACUGGGGAGAAGCCAUUACAAUGUGAGAUCUGUGGAUUUACUUGUCGACAAAAGGCAUCCCUUAAUUGGCACAUGAAGAAGCAUGAUGCAGACUCCUUCUACCAGUUCUCUUGCAAUAUCUGUGGCAAAAAAUUUGAGAAGAAGGACAGUGUAGUGGCACACAAAGCAAAAAGCCACCCUGAGGUGCUGAUUGCAGAAGCUCUGGCUGCCAAUGCAGGCGCCCUCAUCACCAGCACAGAUAUCUUGGGCACUAACCCAGAGUCCCUGACGCAACCUGCAGAUGGUCAGGGUCUUCCUCUUCUUCCUGAGCCCUUGGGAAACUCAACCUCUGGAGAGUGCCUAUUGCUCGAAGCUGAAGGGAUGUCAAAGUCAUACUGCAGUGGGACAGAACGGGUGAGCCUAAUGGCUGAUGGGAAGAUCUUUGUGGGAAGCGGCAGCAGUGGGGGCACUGAAGGGCUGGUCAUGAACUCGGAUAUCCUCGGUGCUACCACAGAGGUUCUGAUUGAAGAUUCAGACUCUACUGGACCUUAGUGGGAGGAGGACUUUGGGCACUGGGACUGCUCAGACUUUGUAUUUAAAAGAUGAAAAGGACAAAAAAAAAGUUAAAGCAUUUAAAAUCUAGUAAAAUAACUGAAGGGCCUGCUCUUUCCAUACAACACAUGCACACACACACACACACACCUAUCCCCUAUUCUCCCUCUGUUGUCCCCUUUAUAAAAGUUAUGCUGCCUUAGCACAAAGGUGGACCAAAAAAGAAAAAAAAAAAAAAAAGAAGCAGCUCUUAAAAGUGAGGGUUAUCAAACUCAUUUCCAGCCAGGCAGACUUCCUGCUAAUCAACAGAUUACCUUUUCCAACCUAUAACUGAUGUACUCUGGAUCAACUUCUAACUCUUAUGGUAUAUAACCAUCCUAUAAAUCCCCUCUUCCCCUUUACUGCUGCGCUAUGGUUCUGGCUUCUGUCCACUGCAGCAUACUUAUCCUCAGAGUAUCGUAUAAUUUUAAUCUUCAGAGGCUGGCAGCUUGACUUGGCACUUUAGGGCCCCUUAUUAGGGUGAGCUGUUAAAACAGCACACAUCUCUUAUCCCCCUUUUCCUCCAUUCCCCACUGGGCUUCAGAAGGGAAGAAUACAUGGGGACCACCUCCCUCCUCUUUGACCCCACCACCUCAGUCCCCCUCCCAAAACCCCCAUAUGGCUCUCAGUGGUGCUCACUUGCUUGGAAGCAGGUUCCCAAGAGGGAGGGGGCUGCCCUCUACAUGGUCUCUCUGACUGUAAGACAGGGCUCUGUAUCAGUGAGACAGUGAGAAAAGUCCCAGGCUAAUGGCGGAAAUUUGCACUUUGAACAUGUGUGUUUUUGUGUUGUGGAACUGAGAUUCCUUAUUUAUUAAUGGAAAGUCUGAUUUUUUUUUUUUUUUUUCUUUUUCUUUUUGGUCUUUGUUGCUAUAUUUUGUGGGGCUGGGAGAGAUUAGAUAUUCUGGCAUGGGAUCCUAUCCACAAGAGGUACUUUUGAAGGCAGGACAUAGGGUUAUAGAAGCACAGCCAGCCUCUCAAAUCAUAGCUUUUCAGUGGCCUUUAAAGAAAGCUGGUCCUCAGCACUAACAAAAUCACUACAAUAUCCUAGCACUUGUUUGGAAGCGCUUGUUGGAAGCCUUUUUAAAGAAGGAGUUAGGUUCAUGCUAACUAGUGGUCUUUGAGGUUUUUUUGAGAUUAGGGAGUUUUUAAGGGGAUGAGAUGGGUUGUUCAGGGUCUGAAUUACAGAUAAAAGAUGAUCUCUUGUGAAUCUUUUUCUUUUUUGUCCCCACUGUUUCCUUACAGAUACCUGCCUAUUGGCCCCUCUCUGGCCCUUUUUUUUUUUUUUUUAUGCAUUGCUUUAUCACUGGUUCAUUCCAGAUCCCUCUUAGUGAAAGACACUGUCAUUAGUGAAGGAACACAAGUCUAUGGGGUCCUAAAGUUUUAAGUCAAAGGAAACUGCUCUGUUUUGUUUCCCUUUUAAUAGUAAUACUUCAGAAGAAGAAAGGCUCUAAUAGGCAAAGUUAAUAAUCUGUAUAAUAAUGGCUUUGACUUUAAUCUAAAAUUCUGGGAAUUGCCACUUCCCUUGGGAUAGGGAUUUUCAUGGAGUGGGUUGCUUAUUACUGUCCAUGGGAGAGACAGGUAGUGUUUUUGAAUAAGUUCAUAACUCAUAGAAAUUAAAAAUCUAUUUUGGCUUAUUUUUUAGAGAAUUAGAAGGGCAAUUCUAUCCUUCUACAUACUUCAGAAGCUGGAAUUGAAGACUUGCCCUAUUCAUUGUUGUCAGAAAUUGCUGGAUGAUUGUUAGAAAGAAUGAAGUCUUGCUGAAUACAAUAUAAGGAACAGCUCAUUUUUCACACAAACACUGAAAUUAUAAAAUUUAUCAAUUUUCUCUUUGAUUUAUUUUUUUCCCCAAAAAUUGGGGUAACAAAAUGUCAUCUCUGAAAGAGGCUUCCUUUACACCCACUACUAUCCAUGGUUGGGUGCCAGGGAAUGGGGCGUGAGACACCUACAAGUGAACAGUCUUAAAUGCACCAUUGUUUUCUUUUCAAAGUGUUGCAGAUUUGCCUUCCCUCCAAUAUGGGGGUAGAAAAUGGAAUGAGGAUAGAAGGGAUGCUUUGGGGCCCACAGUAAGGGUUUGGAAUUGACUUUGGUAUGUUGAGUAGAUUAGAAAUUGUUCCAAGAUUGAUUGGGGGGUCUACAACAAAGUUGUUUUACCUCAAUAUAAGUCCACUUUGUAAUGAUUCACUGGCUAGCAAAUAUACCCCACACUUGUUUUAUCCUUUGUCUCCAUAAAUUUCAUUUGCAAUGGGUUAGUCAUCAGAUAUUUUAGCUACCAUAAAAGCAAACUGCAUUAAAAAAAAAAAACAAAACACAACUUUUCUUUCUGAGAUACAGGGAAAAUCUGUUUCCCUUCCCUAUACUACUC